AUGGCAAUCUUGCGCUCUUCGGUCCUGUCCUGCCUCAUUCUGGGCACGUUUGUCAAUGCUGUAGACCCAUCGCCACCAGCUGCUGCGGCCGAACUGCGACGACAUGAUACCAACUCGGUCCAGGAACUGUCAUGCAAGACAGUUGAUUUCACACUCAAGACAGUCAUUCGCGUCAAUGUGAAACGAGACUCUUCGUCAAGCACUCAGCCCAAACCCAGAACAUAUAAUGAGGUCCUCGAAGGACUUGCCUCCAGCUCAAACACCAAGGCCUAUAGCGAGGCGACCACAGGAUCCGUUUCAAGCUCGAAACCCAGGACCUAUGCAGAUGUGGUCAAAGGAUUAGGCUCAAGCUCAAGCUCAAGCAGUCCCCUCAAUACAAAUUCUUCUGAGGCUGGACCAUCCAAUUCGCCAAUUUGCGAGGUUGCUUGUAAAACGAAAGUGUGGAAGCAUCGAGAUCGCUUGGCCUCAAGACCAGAUAUCUGUCAAAUUGUCAUUUCAAACGAUAUCACUCCAGCCUACACAACCCCAGGUCGUAGGCCAAGCAUCUACGAUUGGGUGUACACAAGGAUUGUAUGGGAGGAUAGCUCACUGACAUGUGAUUCAGAGAGUGCACAUAUUGCGGAACAAAAGCAAGCUCGCCAGAAGACUUGUGCUGCACCGGACUUUGAUGACCAUCAAUGCACUUGCGAGAUUGACCUUCGUGUCCGAAGGCUAUUACCUGGAACAUUUCAAUCUCUGCCGGACGGCCAUGGUUCUUUCGCUCUAUAUCAAAUCUCGUGUCACGAAGACGAUGUCCUCAAACGACUAGAAUACGAUGGUUGGCAGCGUCAAGGUCACCGACUCGUUGGAACGAAGCCGUGUUAUCAAAAGGAUGAUGCUGAUUGGGUUCCCAACCUGUACCAGGAUAUUGUGAUUUGCUACUUCAAAGAUCCACGCUACAGAGCAUCCACUCCCAUUAUGGACUCAUACUUCUCAUUUUGGGGAGUCAUGCACUCUGACUACCCGCCUUUCAUCUAG